GUUGUCGCCGGUGCCGCAGGUGCCAGUUAGCACGUAGCGAGUCUGUAGCCGCCUUUUCGCAUUUGCAAUAUGAAGAAUGGAAGAAGACGAUGUUUCUAUCAGAGAGCAGAAUUUCCACAGCCAAGUUCGAGAGUACAUCAUUUGUUUCCUCCUGUUUGCAGUCCUUUACAUCGUGUCCUACUGCAUCAUAACCAGAUACAAGAGGAAGACUGAUGACCACGAGGAUGAAGAUGCUGUGGUCAACAGAAUCUCAUUGUACUUGUGCACCUUCACCCUGGCAGUGUCGGGUGGUGCCGUCUUCCUCCUGCCUUUCUCAAUCAUUAGUAGUGAGAUCCUCCUCUCCUUCCCCAAAAACUAUUACAUUGAGUGGCUCAAUGGCUCCCUCAUCCAUGGGCUGUGGAAUCUGGUGUCACUGUUCUCCAACCUCUGCCUCUUCGUCCUGAUGCCAUUCGCUUAUUUCUUCCUGGAAUCUGAGGGAUUUGCGGGAUCGAAAAAGGGAAUCAGGGGACGUAUUCUUGAGACCUUUGUGAUGCUCUUCCUGCUGGCUCUACUCAUCCUGGGUAUAGUGUGGGUGGCAUCCGCACUCAUUGACAAUGAUGCAGCCAGUAUGGAGUCACUCUAUGAUCUUUGGGAAUUCUACCUUCCAUACCUCUACUCCUGCAUAUCUCUAAUGGGAGGAUUGCUUUUACUCAUGUGCACUCCAGUGGGAUUGUCCAGGAUGUUCACAGUCAUGGGCCAGUUACUAGUAAAGCCAACAAUCCUGGAGGACCUGGAUGAGCAGAUUUACUGCAUCCAUUUGCAGGAGGAAGCCCUUCAGAGGAGAUUAAACGGAUCGUCCUCGCACACUUACACGUACACCAGAGGAAGCAUUACUCACCAGCUCAACAAAGAAUUGGACAACGUCAGAAAUCAAAGGAAUAAAUUGGAGAGAAGAAAGAAAGCAUCAGGUUGGGAGAAGAACUUGUUGUAUCCCAUAGUGAUGCUGAUCCUGCUCGCAGGAACGACAAUCUCAGUUAUUAUGGUGGCGCUGAACAUCCUCUACCUUCUAGUGGAUGAGACUGCCAUGCCCAAGGGAUCCACAGACCGAGGCAUCGCGAACACCUCUCUAUCCACGUUCGGUGUGGCUCAGGCGGUGCUGGAAAUCCUCCUCAUCUUCUACUUGAUGGUGUCGUCUGUGGUUGGAUUCUAUAGCCUGCGGGUCUUUGAGGGACUCACUCCCAGGAAGGAUGACACAACCAUGACAACGAUCAUUGGUUGCUGUGUGUCAAUCUUGGUCCUGAGCUCAGCCCUGCCAGUGAUGUCCAGGACUCUAGGUAUCACCAGGUUUGACCUCUUGGGAGACUUUGGGAGAUUUAACUGGCUGGGAAACUUUUACAUCGUCGUUUCUUACAACCUGUUGUUUGCAGUCGUGACAACACUUUGUCUGGUGAGGAAAUUCACCUCAGCAGUACGGGAAGAGCUUCUGAAGGCUUUAGGUUUGGAUAAAUUGCAACUGUCAAACAGCCCCACGGACCCUGAAUCUGGGAAGCUCUCGGCCAACGGGCAUCAGAAAACUCUGUGAAAGGGACGACAGAUCAACACGCACACACACACACACAAAUAUAUAUAUAUAGACACACACACACACACACACCUUAGCAUAGCCAAAGGGAGAUUUCAACAGUACUGCCUGACUGCUGAAAGGUGAGAGGGAUUGGAGGGAACUUAAUAAACCCCGGCAGUGUCUGACGGAUGCUGCAAAUGGAGGCUGAGAGCAAUUUAGCUUCGUGACAUUCCAUCCUCUGCGUCUCGGAUGGAAGCUGGGACAGAGCCAGGGAUGCGACUGAGGAGCGACACAGACUGGCAUCACUGCAGUGACCUUGAUGUUGACCUCAACUGCGACUGUGACUUUAAACCACCCCUCUCUUUGCUUCAGGAGGCUCCCCCCCCCACCCCACCCCAUCAUUGCUACUUGGUAUUCUUCUACAACCUCCUCAAGCUGCACUAGACAAAAGCAAGAGGCUACAGCAGGUGAAACAAGGCACCUUCUGUCUUUUUUAAAAAUUUUUUUUUUCAAGUCUUACAUCUCACUUCUUUUACCUUCACCCUGCUCCUGCUCUGUAUUCAGCGUAUUAAAAUGGACCCCCACAAUGUUCUAAUGUCAGUACGUCCCUGGUUGCACUUGCAGUUUCUGGUCUCUAAUCGUUGGUCUCUCGUUGCUAUGUGGACUGAUACAGGCGUGAUUACGGUGUCAAUUUGUCAUUUUUGAUUUAAACUCAAAAUGUGAAAAAUAACAAAAUGUGUUGAAGCAUGAGAAGAAGUGAUUUAUUCCCACUCACCACAGCCGGGGGGGAACCUUGCACAGCAUCGAUACAGUUCACGGGAUAUGCAUCAGCGCUGUCGUUACUGAUAGGCCUUAGAUUUUAGCACUCGUGCUUUCGUUGAUCUUUUUUUAAAAUUUGGCUUUACUCAAGUGCGCUUUAACUUUAUCGAUGAUGUCAUUAUAGUUUGUAUGGAGUAGGGUAAGGACUUUUUUACUUGCUCUAGAUUUGACUUGAGCUACUCCACAAAUGGCAAACUACAUUAUAGAGUUUAAUCCACGUCAGUUCCAGUGAGAAUGAUUGAGGCUGUUGGUUGUAUUUCCUCAAAUAUAUGCACAUGAUAAGAAUAUGUCACAUUUUGCUCAUCCCAAAAAAGAACAGAAGAAAGGAUCAGAUUUGUCCUUUGGUUAAAUGUUGUAAUAUUGUGUUUCAAACCUCUUCCACGUUAUUUGGAUGUAAUUGCCGGACUCUCUGUGAGUCCGUUGAGGGUAGGACUCGCUAAGCAAUCUGUAUUUUUUCAGACAUUUUAUUUGUUUAUAAAAAAAACACCUAAAUCUAAUGCAAACCUGUAACAGUCUUCACAUACAAAGUGCACGAGUUUGCAGGUGGUAGAAAGACUUGGUGACUCAGGCCCCAUCUACAUGUUGUCGUAUUGCUGCAUAAUCUUCUGAACUGUGAUGUUCUCUGUCUCCAGAACCACCUUAAAUGCCUUAGACGACGAGCAUCUCACAGGCUUAAUGUUAAGGUUGUUUUCCUGUUCUGUGUAGUCUGUUUGUGUACAUGUACGUGUGUGUACAUUUACAUGUUGUCUCUAGACAGUUCCACUGUGAUCCGCUGUACACAACCGAGUUUCUAGUCCAAAGCAGCCGUUGAAAUGUACGAUUUGUUUUUGUUUUGUUUUUGCCAUGAAUGUUGUGAGAAGCUCUCGUCUCGUGAGAGGCUCGGUUUCGUUCCCUGAACAACACGAGCACUUGCUUGAAAAGGGUUGAGCGAUCAAAUGGUGUCGUUUUCGUGGUGUCAUAGAUGUCAUGUGUUUUCACGUUGACUAAUAUGACAUGAUGAUGAUGACACGAGAUAAGGAAGCAAAAAAAAAUGUAAUUCACAUAUGCAUUUAAAACUUGGGUUUCUCAGGACAGGAAAUGUUUUACAUCAAAGCUGUCGAUGGUUGUUGCUACAUUACAAAGAUACAUUUUCAACACUGAAGCCAGCUUCCCAAAUUAGUAAAUCGGACGGGAGAAUGUUUUGGAAAGUGGGAUUUAAAGAUAUAACAGCGUUUACCAUCCAAGAGUCCAGGUUCCACAAAGUCUUUCCUGGCAGAAACAUUCAGUAGAUUUUGUAGUAGGUUGUAGUUUGUCUCAUGCAUACAGUCGAGUGUUGGGCUCACUUAAGGGGUGAAAAAAAUCUCUUACAAAACUUAUGUCUUAACUUUAGGCUAAGUUAUUUCACAGGUAAUUUAUCACUCUUCUAUCAACUAUCCACCUUUUUGCACAUCGGCAACAUGUCAUUGUAAGUUUGUUCAAUAAACUGAGUAUUAUGAAGAAAGAACCACAUGGACUUGGAAGAAAUUUGCUUUUAUAGAAGAGGAGAUGACCGACUGGAAGGAUAUCAUCGGGUACAUCUGCAUGAUAUUCAUAAAAUCUAAUUGUUUUGGAUCCAUAAGGAGUUGAAACAUGGAUUCUCAUUAAAUUAGGACUUCAUUCUUGUAAAAUUACAACCUUAUUCUCUUUUCUUUUCUUCAUUAUGGCCCUAAUACUCCAUGAAACAUGCUCAUAUUGUGUUGUCAGCUUUUCAUUUUAGGACAACACUGAUCAUUGGGGGGGGAAGUAAGAUGGCACAAAAUGAUAUGGUAAAGCAAAAAUAAUGAUACUAUAAAUUGGUAAAAUAAUUUAAAUUAGCACAAAAGGUUUUUCUGACUUGAGCCGGAUGAAUUAUAAUCACUAAAAUUGCUCUAUGGGGAUUUUUUUUUUUACAUUUCCACAAUUGCUUUGAUCCCAUCUAUUCAGGAGAGUGUGGUAACGUUGGACUCUGGCAGGGAAGCAUCACAAUCACACUCCUCGCAGUCGCUUCUGACCCGAGAGCCGACAGGUCUGUUUUCGAUUACAGCGUUUCUGGUUGGCCUCACCGUCAAUCUGUGUUUUCUGUGGGGGUUUGUAAAGUCGAGAGUUUGUGUGUACUGUAAGUGACGCAGCUUUUAUUUCUGUCUCUAUGUCCGUCAGUCUCUGCAUGUAAGUUUUUGGUACAUGUCUUGUGAAUGUAUUUUUUUACAAAUUUCUCAGUUUGCUAAAUUUAUGUUUUGUUAUUUUUGAUGUUUAUGUGUUUGAAAAUAAAAGUAGAAAAUGCUUCAGUA